GAUCAAAGGUUGUAACUGUAACAAAGACAUAAAAGAGAGAGAGAGAAGAAAGAAACAAACACAAAAAGAAAUGGCGUAUCGGAGGAGACAAGGGAUCACGAGAGCUUCCACAUUCAACGACGACAUCUACAAUCAAACACCUGAUCACGAUCACGAUCACGGUGAUCUCAAAGGUCACUCCAACGGAGGAUCCUCCUUCAGAUCUUCUCAAUCUUUCUCCUCUCAUCCCUCCCUUGCCGCUCAAGCAAUCAAUUCUCACGACGAUGCAGCGGCGAGGAACGAGAGCCGCGGCUUCUGGGGUAUCCUCGCUCAGAAAGCCAAAUCAAUCCUCGAGGAGGACGAAGAAGAAUACCACCACCAACACCAACAACAACAAAAACAACAAAACGUCGUCGUUUCAGGACCCUCGUAUAAUAAUAAUAAUAACAACCCUACGAUACGCAAAAGCAUAGAGAAGAUCACGACCACGACGAUGAAUCACAUAGGAGACAGUUUCGAGAAAGGCCGUACGAUGGUCGCGUCUCAGAUGAGGAAGAAAGGAACAUCAGAUCUAGCUGAUGCAUCGGAGAACGGUCCGUGGCAACCGUUAACGCAGCCAAGCCCACACGAGUCUCAGCUCAAAGCAUCACGUGACGUGGCCAUGGCUACAGCAGCCAAGGCCAAGCUCCUCUUACGCGAAUUAAAAACGGUUAAAGCUGACCUAGCUUUCGCCAAACAAAGAUGUUCUCAGCUCGAGGAAGAGAACAAACGGUUAAGAGAUAACCGGGACAAAGGUAACAACAAUCCAGCGGACGAUGACCUAAUCAGGCUUCAGCUCGAGACGUUGCUUGCGGAGAAAGCAAGAUUAGCGCACGAGAACUCUAUCUACGCGAGGGAGAACAGGUUCUUGAGAGAGAUCGUCGAGUAUCAUCAGUUGACGAUGCAGGAUGUGGUUUAUAUCGACGAAGGUAUCGAAGAAGUGGCUGAGGUGAAUCCUUCCAUCACUAGAACGCUCUCCAUGGCUUCGUUUUCUCCUGCUUCUGAGUUUCCUAUCUCUCCUACCUCUCCUUCGUCUCCCGGUUCGCCUUCUCGGCUUUCGGUUUCUACCGAUGUUUAUCCGGUUUUGGUCCAGCAGAGUUCGGCUAGUGACGUUGAGAGUCCUAUACCGGUUCGGCCACCUUCUUUGGGAUACGCAGAUGAUGGUAAGAGACCAUCGUCCCAGCUUUCUGUUUAGAAUCAAUCCAACAUAUGAUUAUUUUAUUACCUUUCUUUGGUUUGUGCCUGUUUCGAAAUUCUUUUGUUGUUUGUUAUUAGAACUGUGUUGUGGUCUUUUUAAAUUACUUGGUUUCAGUUUUGGUUCUAUUGCAAUAGUUACAAUCUUGACUAGUGAACGGUUUUUGGCCUCUACAUUCAUGUAAAUCUUGAAAGGAAGUUUAUUGAUUUGAUUUCUUUUUUU